CAACUGUGUGUGUGUGUUGUUGUCAUUACCGGCCAUUGCAAAAGUUGCUCAACCCCCACGAUCUCAGAUCAAACAUAAUAACCACUGCGCAAUUGAGAUUCUCAACGCACCUUGCACUAAUUUACAUUGAUUCACAGGUCACCAUACGUCAUAGCGUUUAUUAGUUUAGUCUACGUUCUGUAUCAAACGGAUAGCCAGAACGAUGGAUCGGAGACUACAUCUGGAAAUUUGUCUGUAAAAUGGGUGGAAGAGAUGGAUAACGAGGGUAGACCGCUCAACAUGGACAUAUACUUCGACCGAGUGGUUAUGGUGUGCAAUAGGACCAGUCAGAUGGUAAUCACCACCGGAAUUUUGUUAGACGAAGAAAGAAUCCUGACAUCUUACAAUCCCUACCGCAAAACUAUAGCAGAGAAUAAAUUCACAGACCUAGCAGUUGCGGUGCUGAUGGGAAGACAGUUCAACAGUACAGCAUUCCAAUACAUCCACAAAAUUGAGUAUUACUCCAUCGAGUGUCACGAACAAGUCGUUGCUACAAACGAUACAAGUCUUACACCAGAACAGUGGCACGGAAUCGGCAAACAACACAGUUCUGUUCACGACCUACUGAUUCUGCGUAUUGACACCAAGCUCGAACUCCUGGACCCAGACCCUCAAAAAUACUCCUUCGAUUCGAUUAGCUACUAUUAUUUCACUAGUACAGGCCCAAUGAUCACGGUACUCGCAAAACGCAAAGACUGGUUGGGCAAUGCCGUCAAGUUUGCUUCACUCGGAUAUAAAGAUGCGAAACAUAUCGCUAAUGGCAAUGGGUCUAUACUCAGCACCUACGAGUAUGAGGAAGGCUCGAAUGUUGUCACAGAUUGCGACGAAUGGAUCAUCAGGGAUUGGGGACGCGUUAUUUGCAUCAAAAAUGAUGAUAAUAAUUUAGGUAUCGCAUCUGGCUCCCUGCUGGUCUACAAUAACAAACUCUUCGGCAUCGGAAGCUUCACCCUGAACAAGGGCAACGUCAGUAUCUUUGUGUUCACGGACGUCAGGAAAUACCGACGAGAGAUAUUCAACAAGUGCGUCCGAGAGAGCGCUGAAAGCUCGACGGAUUCUACUACAGACAUGUCAACCGACGAUGAAUACUCCAGCACUCCUAAACAGUUUCAUCUAGGAUAAACCAUAUGCACAGGUUCUGUUCUGGUAGUAAAUGUAAUGUUGCAAAUUA